UUGGAGAGCGCGAGCGCACCCUCCAGACAGUUCCGCUCGUCCAAAUCACGGCGAGGAGUAGUAUGUGAGUGCAUGUGCAUGUGCGCCUGUGCCUGUGUUUAUGUGUGUGUAAAACAGGGGAAGCAGUCUUUCAAGCAUCUGUAGGCUAUAGCAAGCUUCUCAGGAGUUUGUGCGUAAUUAUUUGAAAUCGACUGGUUUUGUUUUGGGAAAGUACAGGGAAACAUGUAGCCUAACUUAUGGACUAUUUCGAAAGACAGCGGCGAGACUGAGCGAUCUCAAAGUCGGAAAUUCUCUACAUCCUGCAGAAGAAGAUCCAGUCCUACUACUACGCCCGAGAGGACCUGUCCCCAUUCCCUAGCCCAGGUAGUGGGCUCCUGGCAUGCACCGCCUACCCGCUCCCCCUGCUUCGCUCAGGCCUCCAGGAGACAACCACUGCCAGUGAGAGAGCUUGUGGAGGCCCCGUUGAGCCAUCGUCAUGGCGCUGGUGCAGUCCCCGCCUGCUGCACCCAGUGACCGCCGCCCCGUGACUGCCCCCUCGCCCCCUCCACCUGACACCAACGGCACUACUAUGGGCUCCGUCAGCAGCCUCAUCGCUAGCCGCACCGCCUUCCCCUCCCGCCCCGGGCCCGAGGUCACUGGGGUCAGCGUCCGGCACCGUCGACCCACGCACACCGCCACAGGACGCUACCACCCUCAGGACAUUACCCAUGAGCCUCUACUGGGUGUGAGCAGUGGCGCGGCCGGGAAGAGGCAGCCGCUGGUGGCGGCGGGACAGACGCAUCGGCACCGGACUUACCUGAGCGACGACUUCCCCGGCGAGGACUGGGAGGAGAGGCACGUUGCGCCCGCACCGCCCAGCCCAGGAAGUGACAUGGAGGAAGUGAUGGGGAGGCCGGCCAGGAGCGGGAGUGACGGAGCUCCUCCUCGACUCGUACCCGUGUCUGGGAAACUAGAAAGGAACAUUGAGAAGGCCAUCAUCAGACCCACUGCCUUUAAACCCGUUGUGCCCAAGAGCCGCAGCAACAUGCAGUACCUCUCCCCAAGGCUAGGGGGCGCUCUCUCGAACAGCCAGGGCAACCUGAACCUUCUAGCACCAGGCCCGAGCGAGCUGGCGCCCUCUGCAGUUUGUUCGGAGCGGCGCAGCUCCUACAGCGGCAGCCGGAACGGCCUCAUGAGCCAGUCGUGCUCCCUCUCGCUGUCCGACUCCGGGCGGAACUCGCUUUCAAGCCUCCCCACCUACAACAGCGCCGGUGGUGGUGGCGCCUACAGCCCUGGUCAAAGCGACGUCUCCGGGGCACCCAUGUCCGACCCAGUCAAGCUGACAUCGAUGCCACCGCCGCCACCCCCACCCCCCAUAAGCCACGGCCACACGAGCUCGGACAGCGGCCGCUCCUCGUCCAGCAAGAGCACGGGCUCCCUGACGGGCAUGGGGGUGCGUAGUGGCGGUGGUGGCGGAGGAGGUGAGGGGGUGCCCCUAACGGAUUGUGGCUCCUGUGGCCGGUCGCCUUCCCAGGCCGAGGCGUACGAGCAGCUGGUCAGGGACCUGGAGGACAAGCUGAGGGAAAGAGACCUGGAGCUGCAGGAGCUCCGGGAAAACCUGGACGAGAACGAGGUGGCCAUAUGCCAGGUGUAUGAGGAGAAGCAGAAGCGCUGUGAGCUGGAGAUGGAGGAGCUGCGCCAGAGCUGCGCGUCGCGCAUGCAGCAGGCCUCGCAGAAGGCCCAGCGCUCCCAGCAGCUGCUGCAGCUGCAGGUCUUCCAGCUGCAGACGGAGAAGAAGAAGCUGCAGGAGGACUUCGGGCACCUCCUGCAGGAGCGGGAGCAACUGGAGGAGCGCUGCGCCAAAUACGAGCGGGAGAAGACCCAGCUGGGGCCGCGUCUCGAAGAGACCAAGUGGGAGGUAUGUCAGAAGUCGGGGGAGAUCUCUCUGCUGAAGCAGCAGCUGAAGGACCUGCAGGCAGAGCUGGCCCAGCGCGUGGGCGAGGUGAUGACCCUGCGCGGGCAGCUGCGGGAGACACGGGCGGACCGCGAGGCCGGCCAGGUGCAGCUCCAGGAGGCGCUGGCGUCGGCCCGCACGCGGCAGCUGGAGCUGGAGGUGUGCGAGAACGAGCUGCAGCGGCGCAAGAGUGAGGCCGAGCUGCUCCGGCAGAAAGUGGCGCGGCUCGAUGAGGAGCUGGCCUCCCUCAAGGAGGCGCAGCAGGAGGCCGAGGAGGAGGCGCGACGAGCGGCAGGAGUGGCAGCAGGGGCAGUAGCUGGGGCCUCUGGGGAGGCGUGGCAUCAGCAGCAGGAGAGCGAGUGCCUGCGCGAAGAGCUCGUGUCCGAGCGCCAGCGGCAGGCGAAGCAGGUGUCGGCCUUCGAGGAGGAGCGGCGCAGCUGGGAGGAGGAGAAGGAGAAGGUCAUCCGCUACCAGAAGCAGCUACAGCAGAACUACGUGCAGAUGUACCGCCGCAACCGACAGCUAGAGGGCGCCCUGCGCGACCUCCACAUGGAGCUGGAGUCGCGCGAGCUGGACGACGAGGAUGACGGGGGCAGCGGCAACGAGAUCAACUUUGAUGACGUCACGGCGACUGAGAUUUGAACGCCGCAGCGGUCUUAUCUGACUUUGUCUUCCUGCGAACUCCUUAACACUACUUUCUCUAGAGGUUGCAUCACUUUACUCUGUUCCCCACGCACACACAUACACACACACACACACACACACACAAACAUAAACAUACACAGGUUCUGUCUCACUUUCUUUCACACACUCACUCACCACCCCCUCUCGUAGUCGUCUGGUUCUGUCCUGUUGACCAACAGGGUCUAACUACUAUGAGGUGUAGCAUCAGGAAUGCAGAAAAGGACCAAUGGCAUGGUAGCCAUUUUGGAACUGUUAUUUGCCUGAAACAAAUGCUGCAAGGGAGCUCAGUUUUGGUUUGCCAUAAAUAGCUACACAAUC